AUGGUGUGGGGCGCCUUCUCUGGAAGUGGCAUCGGGCCGCUUCAUCGCGUGAACGGCAUCAUGGACAAGCACGUCUACAAAGACAUUCUCCAGAACCAGAUGUUGCCGCACUUGAGAGCCAUGGGCCGUGGGAGUGUUUAUCAACAGGAUAACGAUCCCAAGCACACUUCACUGUUCGUCAAGGUGAGAAAAAUUGACAAGUAAUUCGUAUGGUUUUGAAACUCAGGACUGGUUCAAGAGCCGUCGGGUCAAUGUCAUGGGGUGGCCAAGUCAAUCUCCGGACCUGAACCCGAUCGAACAUCUCUGGGAAGAGUUGGAGCGACGUUGUGCCAACAAAAGAGCCAAGAAUUGCAACGAGAAGUUUGCUCAACUGCUGUCUGAAUGGAAUCAGAUCCCCAUGUCUACCAUCGACACUUUGCUCAAUUCUAUGCAGAGAAGAUGCCAGGCAGUGAUUGACGCCAGGGGCUUCGCAACCAAGUACUAG